AUGCAGAACCUCGAGGAGUUCAUGAACACCGUGAAAUACGACAGUGCCAUCAGUGACGCAUUCAAAAUAGAGGACGAGUCCCUGCUUGCCGUACCAGAUCCAAGCUACCUGGCUGACAAGGUGUUCUAUUCUGGUUCAUUUGAUAAGGAGGUGCACGCAGCUGAGUUCAAGACAGCAAGUUACACGGCAGAUGUGACACUACAGAAGGAUAUCGUCUAUCAGAGGAUACUGAAUGAAGAUUGUGAUGCGGAUAAACUCGUCAUAGACCUGGAGAACCAGAAGUUCAGGAGCAUCGAGCUGCCCAGAAGCCUAAAGAGCGCCAAGACGGAAGAAGCCAAGGACAAAAUCAUCAACGAGUUUCUGGCUGAAAACCAGGGCAUCAAGUUCGACCUGACGAAGGUGGAAUUCACUGGAGCGUGCAACUACUUCACAAUUCGAUUUGUGCACCAAAAUAGGCCGAUUUAUACGCCACUGAUCAAGAAGAACGGGAAGAAGUUCGAGUUCUACGACACCGAGAGGGAGUUGCGACAGUAUUUCAGGCGAGCAAUGCUCUACGGGCUGAGUGUGCUGGGCGCAUUGGGUCUGCUAUACGCAAUAGACUGA